AUGGAGAUCAAGACCAAACGCGCGAGCCAAAUUCCCCCAUUUCCUCCUGACCGUCACUCUGGCCAGAGGAUGAGCACGCCCGUCCCCCACCAAUACAACCACAACAACAUCCCCCAAGUGUCCCCGACGAUGCCCCCGACGUUGAUGUCCCCGACGGCGUCGUCGUCGGCCACCGCUAGUGCUCCUGGGUCAAUGCGUUCGAGAAUCACUGUCGUUUGUGCUGAGUGCAAACGCCUCAAAUUGAAGUGCGACAGACGAACGCCUUGCGGUAGCUGUCAGAAGCGAGACACGGUUUCAAGAUGCAUAUACUCGCCUGCUGCUGCUGAGAAAGUGGAUUUACAUUCACUGAACAACCGCUUGAUACAGGUCGAAACUACCCUCACGCAAAUGACUUCCGGGUCGUCGGCCCCCUUCGUAUCAUCCUACCCGCCCGCAUCGGGUGGUGCUGGGCAAGCACUUUCCUCAGCAGACACGGCCAAGGCGAAUCAGCCCACCCAACCUACUCCAGGGCCUUCGAACUAUAAUAAGCAGAGUUCUGUCUGCUAUUCAAACAUACCCACUUCGCAGGCUCCAAUGUACCACGCCAUAUUCAAAGGUGAUAGGUCUGCCUUAACGAUACCCCUUCCUAUUAUUACGAACACAUUCCUAUCCGGGGCAUUCCAACUGCAUUCGCCGUCAGAGCUAGAACAAGAAGAACUCCUGACCCUCCAAACUCUUGGUGUCGACCUUACGGCGUCUUCACAUAAAGGUAAAGCCUCCACGAAGAUGAACUAUCAGACCACGGAAAGCUUCGAGACGACGGGCAUGAAUGCCCAUAAGGGUACGGAAAGCGUUAAGCUCGAACCUACACUCGUCUCGUUACAACACCACUCAGGCACCCACCCAGAUGCCGUCUCCUUGCCUUUGAAUACGCCGAACGGCCCCACGACGACUGGCAAUAAUCCGAGCUCCCAUCCGUUCCCUGCUCCGACAUCACACCCAUAUAAUUCCCAACCUUUCAACAGUGCUCCGGAGGCUGGCGGUUUCAGGGUUCCAAUGGAUACGAAUGCGGAACAAGAACGUUCGCUUCUUGACCGAAAUGGGCUGCCCCCGCUUUCAGCGUACCUCAUACCGUCUCGUCCUUCCGCUAGCUACGAACAUGUAUUUCCCUCCUCGGCGCAAACUCCAGCACCAGACCAAUCGUGGGGUCCGGCAGGCCGUCAUGGCGUCACCUCAACGGUCUUAUCGUAUCUUCCUCACGACUGGGAUGAGAUCAAACAGCUAGUGGCCAACGUGGAACACUUCGAACGUAACACUGGAGUAUGUGAGGAUCGAAGCUAUUUGGAGCAACGCAUCCGAUCCAUGGUUGAUGGGACAACAUCAUCUGAUGGACGGUCUCUCAGCCUGUCAUUUUUCGCCAGUGCAUGUGCCUUGCUCGCCCUGGGUAGCGAACUUCGACGACAAUCCACGCUCGACCAUCAUCACGAUGAAUCACGAAUGAUCGUUGACAGUAAUAUGUCAGAUCCAGGUAAGGGCAACGGAGGGUCAGACCCGAGGCAGUGGAGGAACAACCCAAGUUUUAUCGCUCACCGAAGCUUCGGUACCUCUGCUCACACCAUAUCCUCUGCAUUAGUGCCACCACCCUACACCUCUCCUCCGACCUUUAAUAUGUAUCCCUCUACGCCCAAUCGCGCAGAGCGAGCGAUCGCCGAUCCCACUCUCCUUUACGACCUUUCCGUUCAAGCUCUCUCCUUGGCCGAUUCCGAGUCCCAGAUCCAGCCUGCCGACAUCGAUUACGUGCAGGCAUGUUUAUGGCAGGUGAAAUAUCUGUUCGCGAGCGAUAGGCUCAUGUCUCCUCCUCGAAAAGAAGGGACAGGGACUCUUGCUCUACCUUUGGUCGGAAAGAUGGUCAAUGUCGCUAGGCAAAUAGACCUCGGUAGUGACCCCGACGACGACGACCCCGACUUGACUGGUAGAUCCAGCUCGCGGCCUCAGAUGGUGGACAACGAUGAGGAGCUCGAGAUUGAGAAGAAUAGAAGGCGACGGGUCUGGUGGGAGGUGGUUUAUUAUGACUUAUUCAUUUCUGACUCCAUGAACCACCCGCCGCUAAUCGCACCAGCACACAUUCCUAUGCCACCAUCGUCGAUUUAUCCUCUAACACCUUUACGGGAAUACCUCAAUAACCGCCAGCUCGAUCCUACUUCGUUGCUCUACGACACCUCUGCUCCCUACACGACUCUGUUACCUAACUACCCUAACGACGGCGCGGAUAUUAUGUCUGAAUUUGAGCUUCGCUGUCGCCUUGCGCAACUCGUCAAAUUAAUUCAGGCUCGUCUGUCAAGUGGCCGAGGAUACUCCUUCGAGCAAUUAGCGUCGUAUGAGACUGACUUGCGGACUACUUUGGAGGCUUUCCGCGAAGACUGGAGCGGCGGCAGCGGCGAGGAAGAUACCGCCAACAAUGUCAAUGCUGAUGGUCCAUCUCGAAGUGGAGUACGACCAACGGACCUCUCCAAGGCUGAAGCUACCCUCAUCAUCAAUAAGCUGAUUAUUAAACUCUAUCUGCCCUUCGUCCGCCCCAAAGUUCAACCGACAGAGGACGCUCACGAACGCUCAUCCGCACGUCCCGUCCUUCAUCAAGCCAUCUACGGGCUAGUUAAUGCUGCUCAUGGUCUGCUCACUGCUGCCCAGACAAUGGUUUCCCUGGCGCCAUCCAAACCCUCCCUGGCCCCUCACAUUGUUCUCGACUUCUAUGAUUUCGGACGCUUUGUCUUUGACGCCACCGUAGUGUGCGCUUACGCUCAUUCGACGCAACCAACCGCUAUGUGGGCUCCCCAAGCAAAGGAGGACGUCGCCACAGGGGCAAGUCUAAUUGAUUCGGAAUCUAUGAAGGAAAUGUGGCACUCGGAAGAUGGCAUGCACGCUCGCACAGAUCGUUCAACCUCGUUGAACUGGAUCGAAGCGCAUCUCAUUCUGCGUGCGCUUCGAAAGAACUGUUGUGCACUUCGUGGUUCAUCUUCAUCUUCGGCAUCUAUUACAGUCAGUCCCGGUGCUUGUGGUUCGAAACGCAAGUUGGUAGAGACUCAGGCUAAUCCCGAGGAACGGGUUCAGGAAGAGGUCGAACGAGAGGAACGAAAUACAAGAUAUGAGCAUCGACUUUCCAACGAUCGUUCAAUGCCCGUGGCCUCAAAUCCCUAUCCGCUCGAUGUAGUCCCUAACACCCAUGGCUACGAUACACCCCCACUGGCAAAUCCUCCUCCACAGGAUCCUUUUCCCUCAGUGGGGGGCAAGCGGCGAGUCCCCGUGUCCACACCCAUUGCAUCGACAAUAACACCCAAUAUCGGUGGGCAGAAAACGAAAAUCAAGGCAAACAGGCCGCGGACAAUAGUUCGCCAUCGUAUACAAUUCCCCGAGCCGGUGCUAGCAUCAGGCGUUCGUUCGAAAAAAGAUAGAUCGGUGUUUUCGCCCGCUGGUAUUGAUGGUGAAGGCUCACCGCACGGAGCUCCAGACCCUCCUCCUCCUGAGGAGGACGACUACGUGCAGAUUAAUUCGUAUCGUUCCCGAUCAUCAUCGCUCAUGCAAGAUGGGAUACAGCAUCCUUCACCCCAGCACCGCUUGGAUUCGCCCAGUACAGGCCCCAUUCAAGAAGCAAGUGCCCGCACAAGGCGCCCGAGUGACCAUGACGCCCCCGUUGUCUCGGAUAUUCCAAUGCUUUAUGGUGCUUCCCCGACGUCAUACGACUCUCCCUAUGAUACUUCUCGAGGCUCUGUAGAUGCAGAGGUUUAUGCUCCUUCGUCAAGUCCCUACGGGAAUACCACGUCAUCGAGUGGGCCUCUAUCUGCUGCGAGUUCACCCUACACGCAGACAAGUGGGCAAUCUCACAACGCGUUCAAUUCCUCCCCCAAUCAACGUAGCCCUGCCUUCGAGCCCUCGCGUAAUCCAAGCACGGAGACUGCCACCUAUUAUGUGGCACCCAAUCCACCUAACAACGCGCCGUAUGAGUCGCAGUACGAUAGUAGCAACAUGCGUCACGGAGGCGCGCCGAUGGAAUACAACGCGCCUCACCCUGGGCAUUAUGGCAUGAAAGUUGUGGGCGACGGUCCUCCACCUCCACCUCCACCUCCACUUCAGAUGCACCCUAUGUCGGUUCAAGCAUCGCAGCAUCGCUCAUAUGGUCAGCAGCAGGUCAUGCCCAACCCACAAACCUCCCAAUGGUCUGUCAACCCCAUCCAAGAUAUAGGGAUUUCGCAACAGCCUUCCAGUCAUUACGGAUGGCAAGAGCAUAAUUACUACUAG